AGUGUUUGGGGCAGCAGUUGGUGUGGCUCUCCUAUGUGAAUUUUGGACCGUGCUGCAGCCACACCUUUGUAAGUGCCACUGGAAGAAACGAAAGUCCAGGAACAGAGCAUUUUGUACCUAAUGGAAUGGAUCAUGUUGGAGAGUGUGAUGUAUGUGUGAGGGACCGACACCAAUCUGACUGCAGCUUACACCCAGCUCUCACAUUUCUGAAUUUGAAACGGAAACCGGCAACUCUUCCUACAAUAUUCGCCAUCACCCCAACCUACGCCCGUCUUGUCCAGAAAGCAGAGCUUACUCGCAUCGCCAACACCUUCCGCCAGGUGCCAGCAUUUCACUGGAUUGUGGUGGAGGACUCGAAUGAGAAGACCAAGCUGGUCACCGAUUUCCUUAGAACAUCGGGGAUUAGGUACACCCAGCUGUGUGUCAGAACACCCAAAGAGGUGACCAAGGCUCGGGGGACCCUACAGCGGAAUCUCGGCUUGAGCUGGUUGAGAGAAACCUUCUAUCCGGAGGAUGCGCCCCCUGGCGUUGUAUACUUUGCCGAUGAUGACAACACCUACAGCUUGGACAUAUUUGAAGAGAUGCGGUACACUCAGAAAGUGUCUGUGUGGCCUGUAGGCUUCGUUGGAGGACUACGCUAUGAAUCACUGAAGGUCAAUGCUGACGGGAAGGUAUUUGGAUGGCUGGUGUCUUAUGGACUGGAGCGGCCAUUUGCCAUAGAUAUGGCUGGCUUUGCCAUUCAGUUGAAGCUGAUCCUUGAGAAACCCAGGGCUGUAUUCCGGCUUGAUGUAAAGUCUGGUUACCAAGAAAGCAGCCUGCUGCAAGAUCUGGUCACUAUGGAAGAGCUGGAACCAAGAGCUGACAAUUGCACCAAGGUUAUGGUGUGGCACAUGAAGACCCAGAGUCCUAAAAUCUCACGCGACAAAAGCUUUACAAACAGAAGUAUUGAGGUUUGAUGGAAGUGAUCUGCCGGAAGUUGCUGGGGUAGAAUUAGACGUCCUGUUUAAGGCCUUUUUCCAUUCUCCAAACCAUUAGGAUAAUGAACAUGCUUAUGCAACUUACAACUUUAAGAUUCAACACAACCCAGGAAAACCCGUCCCAAACAAAGAGAUGCAAUGUGAUAAUUUAAGCGCACAGGUCAGUGUGAUGUAUGCCAUUGUGUCACAGCAGGUGCUUGGAUGCCUAACUACAGCUGGUCUGCAAUAAACAUGGGCAGGAUCAUCAUGAAAGACUAGCACAACUAGAGGAUAAAGAGAUUGAGGUCCUGAUGGACGCAGGCCACAGUCAAACUAGUCUUCAAUGAUACGCCUGUAUUAGGCUUUGCCACCAGCUUUAUAUACCAGGAAAGUCUACUAAAAUUCUAAUAUUCUGAGUCAGAUUCAGUGAUGCAUCCCUGUGCGUGGACAAUCGUAACAUGGUGUGACUCAGAUGCAUGCGUGGACUUACAGCAUUGGCCUUUUGCAUGCGCCAUUACCUCUAAAUUAGUCCCGGUGUCUUUGAGGGAAAGUAUUCCAUGAAAGAGAACAUUUCUGAUAUUUCUGCCACUUUAUGGAUGGUAAAUAGUUUGUAUAUUAUGGCAUUUUAGGGUCAACUGUUUUGCAACAGGCAGCAAUAUUGUUUCUACAAAGUAAAAAUAAAAGGUCCUGGCGAUGGAGAGUGAUUUCAGGUCGUUGUGUUUUCAGUUUGCAUCUAUAAACAUCCCUGACAUAGGGAAGUUACAAAUCCACUGCAGCACCAGAGAGGAAACGUACGUUCUCAUGUGCUGCACUUCUGUGCACCUGGCUGCACAUUUACAUAGAGAGUUCUGUCCUGCCCCUGAGAGGAAACAUACGUUCUCAUGUGCUGCACUUCUGUGCACCUGGCCGCACAUUUACACAGAGAGUUCUGUCCUGGCUCUGAGAGGAAACGUACGUUCUCAUGUGCUGCACUUCUGUGCACCUGGCCGCACAUUUACAUAGAGAGUUCUGUCCUGCUCCUGAGAGGAAACGUACGUUCUCAUGUGCUGCAUUUCAGUGCACCUGGCCGCACAUUUACAUAGAGAGUUCUGACCUGCCCCUGAGAGGAAACGUACGUUCUCAUGUGCUGCACUUCUGUGCACCUGGCCGCACAUUUACAUAGAGAGUUCUGUCCUGCCCCUGAGAGGAAACGUACGUUCUCAUGUGCCGCAUUUCUGUGCACCUAGAUGCACAUUUACACAGAGUUCUUUAGCACCUGAGAGAAAAUGUACCUUUUCAUGUGCUGCAUUUCUGUGUACAUAGCCGCACAUUUACACAGAGUUCUGUCCUGCCCCUGAGAGGAUACGUACCUUCUCAUGUCCUGCAUUUCUGUGCAUCUUGCCGCACACUUACACAGAGAGCUCUGCAGCCCCUGAGGAAUCGUACGUUCUCAUGUGCCGCAUUUCUGCACACCUGGCUGCACAUUUACACAGAGUUCUGUAGCCUUAAGAGGAAAUGUACAUUCUUAUGUGCCGCACUUCUCUGCACUCGGCUGCACAUUUACACAGAGUUCUGUCCUGCCCCUGAGAUGAAACAUAAAUUCUUAUGUGCCGCACUGCUGCGCAUAUGGCUGCACAUUUACACAGAGAGCUCUGCAGUACCUGAAAGGAAACUUAUAUUCUCAUGGGCUGUUUGUGUGUGUGUGUGUGUGUGUGUGUGUGUGUGUGUGUGUGUGUGUGUGUGUAUUUAUGCAUGCUCCACUGAUUGCCAACACACACGGGCAUGUAUCACGGUUCUGAUUGCUGACACUGACAUGCAGUACAGAUGGAGCCACGGUCAUCCUAGCUUCUCUGCUGCAUCUAGGCGCACCAUGGUUUAUUAGCAUAAACCCUUCAUCUAUUGUUCUCAGUUGCAAUACGAUACAGAGAACAAUACAGCAGGGGAUUACGUCCGACAGCCCUGGCUCAGAUAAUUUUAUUAAAGGCCAAGAUGAAGAUGGCUCCAUCUGUAUAUCACGUGUGUGUGUGUGUGUGUGUGUGUGUGUGUGUGUGUGUGUGUGUGUGUGUGUGUGUGUUCAUGCAUGCUCCACUGAUUGCCAACACACAUGGGCAUAUAUCAUGCUUCUGUGUGUGUUUAUGCAUGCUGCCCUGAUUGCUGACACACAAG